AGUAAAUUAAGAAGGAAUAUUAAUUAAGAUGGCAUCUUCUAUAGUCUCUUCCAUGUUUCUCUUUCUCCUUCUUCUUUUUGUAUUUCCACAUAUAGAUAAUGUCCUUGGCGCACGAAUGGAACUCCGUGAACUUGAGGAGAUAAACCAUGCUGAUCCAGUGACGGUCCAAAAGCGGUCGUCUCCUUUUCCUUUACCGCGGCCUCGGCACAUUCGUCUUCCGCCUACGUUUAAACCGCCUCCGUAUAAACUGCCUCGGCGGCCCACUGUUCCGCGUGGAAGAAGGUGCCCUUUCUGUAAGCCUCCUCCUCCCCCAAAGGCUUUCCCAAGGAACACACCUAGUCACUGAUCUCACUAUAGCUACGAAUGCGUCAAUAAAUGUAUGCACGUUAA